GCCUUGACGAGGACGUAAACAAGUUUGUUCGCGGGUGCCCUCGCCGCUCUAUCAAUGUGCCCUCAAUCAUGGAUGAGUUGAACACAGCACUGCACAAGUUCAACCAAAACAUUGUUGAUGCAUCUCGUCAAGUAUGCAGGGAUAGCAUAGCGUUUUGCAUGACUCAAGUUGUUCUCCCUCUUUUAGAAAAAGUCGGCGAGAUCGAUGUUCGAUUCAAGUGUGCCUCGCCGCUGCCAAACGAGGCAUAUUUCCAAGGGAUGAAAACUACGUGUGUGAACGAGUUCGAGCUCACCGUAAUUCUAACCCACCUUGUGACGGCCAAAACGUUUGAAGAUACCGGUUGUCAGGACACGAAUUUUUCUUGUUAUGGUCGAGUGUUACCUCACCAAGCCCCCCACCCUCUAGGGGAUUUACUCGUAGACGCCGGUCCCUCGCAGGGUCAUUUGUCUGCUCAGAGGAUUAGGCAAAUCUUCGCCCAGCUCGUUAGACAGGCAGCUUCGAUCUUGCCGCUCACUGGACUAACGUUAGAAGUAUUCUUCAAAGAACCCUAUGCCGUGGUGAAGAUUUUCCGGGGCCCUGACAUGUUUCUGUUUGAGCUUGUCCCCGCCUUCAUCUUCCCGGGGGAGUGGCCAAGCAGCGCUGCCUCCUGGCCGGAGGAUCACAGCGAUUGGCUCACAGAAGCAGAGGUCAAGAUAGCUAAGGAAAUGGGCUUCUACGCCCAGGCUCUGCCCUGCCCCGCGGACCCAGCCGACCAAUCACUGUUCCGCAUUUCUUUCAACAUGGCGGAAAAGUACCUCCUCCGCCAUGUUGUUCCCGAAAACUCCAACCUUUCCUCGACUCGUAAAGAUUGCGAGCGCAUCCUACGGUUGAUUCGAGAGUCGGACAAGGACGAUUUUCAGCCCGUGAGCUCUUAUCACAUAAAAACCGUGCUUCUCCACGAGUGCGCGCGCUGGCCGGACCUCAAAUCGUGGAGCUCCGAGAAGUUGGCGGAGCGAUUCUUGGAGCUGCUUCGUGACCUCAUCCUAGUUCUGGAUUCCCACGAGCUGCCACACUUCUUCAUCCGGGACUGCAACUUAUUGCGCCAGUUCGCCCCCGAGCAGCUCACAGCUACGGCCGUUCGGCUCAGAGAGAUCUACCAGGACAUUUUCGCCUCACCCGCCAACAGUAUACGUCUCCAGUGCUGAAGUGAAGGCAGAACCAAGAAGACAGCUUACUUGAACAAUUUCUCUCGUUGGUUGAGUGAGCGUCCUGGAUUGACAGAAGAAUGUUACCAACUAAUGAAACGAAAA